AUGGCACAUCUUUUAUGGUCUUCUGUAAAUGUCAAAGUUCUGAUGUUAAGAGAACCACCUAGACUAAAGAAACAUUAUAUGGAACAGAACUCACAAACCCCUUUCUGUGUUAAAUUAGGAGCUACAUGUGCUUCUCCAGAGCUGAAAAUUUCUUGGGAUGAAGAGAAGAAAAAGCAAGAAGAGGAAGUUUUAAAUAUUGAUUACGUCUUCAUAGUACAAAAAAUGAUUCGAAAGAUGAUACAAUGUACUAUCUAUGAAAUUAGAAAACUGAAGUGGCGUUCUGAUGAAUGUGAAAAAGUCCUUAAAGAACAGGACACCAAAAGUGCCACUCUCAAAUCAAAACACACUAAAAGGCAGAGCAUAAGAAGAACUAGGACAAAUAAAGAAUCUAAAAGAGUCAAACCUAAUGAUGUAGCGAUUGAACAGAAAUGGGCUAUUAGAGAUCAAAUGUCUAAGUUAUUACUGUUUUGCACAAAUGUAAAAGUAAACCCGACUUUUCAUGCAGUGGGGGCUAUAGGAGGACAGUGCACAAUAUCUGGUCCUAGUCAGUUAACAGCUGAGUGGAGAGUAGAUCUAGAGAGUGUGGUCAGCAUCAGUUACAUCAACAUCUUCUACAGGACGGCUAAUUUUCCUAGUCCCGACGCUUUUUACGAUCGCUUUGCUGGAUUUUUUGUGUAUGUUUCAAAUACCACAAGACGGCAGGACGGCCAUCUUUGUUUCCAUGAGUUACAACAAGUGAACGGUACACCGACAGAGAACCAGACAAUUAGCUGCCCUGUACAUGGACGUUACGUCAUAUACUACAACGAGAGGAAUCCGAAUGUGACGUAUUCCAGUUACUAUUCACAAUAUACUUACAAUGAAUUAUGUGAAUUGGAAGUUUAUGGGUGCUUUAACAAUGGGGUGUAUGGAGAGGAUUGUAACCAAACAUGUUCCGACAAAUGUCAAGAUGGGAGGUGUAACAUCAACACCGGCCAUUGUCUGGGCUGUGUACCGGGCUAUCAAGGUGCUCGCUGCAGUCAAGCCUGUGAUCCGUAUAGGUAUGGGCUUGGAUGCGCUUUGUUAUGCGGUAACUGCAGUGAUGGAGAACCCUGUCAUCACGUAAACGGGGAAUGUCUCAGUGGAUGUAGCGAGGGGGUGACAGGAGAGAAAUGUCAGACUGAAUGUUCUGCGGGGUUUUAUGGGAAGAACUGCGGUCAGAGAUGCAGCGAGAAUUGCUUUAUUACAAAUAGAUGUGACCGGUUUACAGGGGAGUGUAUGGGGAAAUGUAAACCAGGUUGGAAGGCACCCAGAUGUACACAGAAAUGUGAGGGUGGUACGUACGGUGUUGACUGCCGUCAGAUCUGUGGUCACUGUCUCAAUGGAUCGGUUUGUCACCACGUGAACGGAACUUGUGGAGAGGGGUGUUCUCAUGGAUUUCAUGGGGCGACAUGUAUGACAGAAUGCUCUGCCGGAUACUUUGGUAUAAACUGCAAGGGAAACUGUAAGGCUUAUUGUGGCGGAAACAAAACAUGUGACGUCAUCACCGGUGUUUGUGAUGAGGGUUGUAUAGAGGGGCUACAAGGACCUCUUUGUAAUAAAGGCACUAUUCUUAGCAGAACUGCGUGUGACACCUGUGAACCCAACAUUUCUAGUAUCAUUAUAAGUAUUGUGAUCUCUGUAUUCCUUGUUCUGACUGGAAGUAUUCUUAACUUUAUCAUAUGGAAGAGGAAAAAUGGUGGAACUGAAAAGCCAAAAGCUUCAAGGGCAAAGAUAAGAAACGUGGAUGCUCCCGGAAUCAUAGGAAAAUCAGCAACUGGUGAAGGGGAUGAAUCCCAUUAUACAGACAUAUGUGCGCUUGAUAAAGUAAAUACAUACGAAGAACUUUCUCGUGACACCGAGGCUGUUGACAAAAUAUAAGGACAUGUUCCAAAGUAGAGGUGUGAAAAGUUUACUACCGAGCAACAUAAUCAGAAGACUCUUAUGUUUUCACAAAUUGCAACCGUGCAUUUGAAUUGUAUAUUCCACAUUUUUUAAGCUGUUGAGCUUAUCCUGAAGUUUUCUUUUAAUUUUAAAUUGAUUAAAGGACUUAAGCAUAGAUAAUUCUAAAUUAAGCUUGAAUGAAUGACCAGCAAAUUUCUUUAUCAGAAGCAUGUUUGUAGUCGACAAGAAAAAUCUGAAUGUUUUUCUUUGAAUAAAAUUAUCUUAUCAUAUAAUUUGUCAUACUGCGGGUGUGAUCAGUCGGUAAGGAAUGGUAACUUCUCCUUGACAUCUGGACCCGUUUAUAUGUUUAAGAGGCCCUGUUUGCUCGGUUCCUUAUUUGUAUUGGUUGAUUGUACAUCCAAGUACUCUGAGGUUGACAUCAAAAGAUGCUUGCCUUUCUGACUGACGAUAUCUAUGCAGUUCUAGGAGACCAGGUAUUCCUACAAUUUAUUGGAAAUCCAAUGGGUACCAAUUUUGCCCCGUUAUAAGCUGACGUAUUUUUAUCCAUAUACGGCAGAAUUUGUUUAGUAAAAAGAAAACAGUAGCUGCGGCAUUCAACUUGACAUUCAGAUAUAUCGACGACGUAUUGUCAAUUAACAAAAGUUAUUUAGAUUUUUUUGUCAAAUCGAUACAUAUCGGUAAAAAUGAGUUAAAAGAUACAUCAGAGGCUUACACAUCUGUUUCAUAUUUUGAUAUUUUACUUGAAAAAGACGUUAAUGGUAAGCUAACAACCAAGCUCUACAAUAAACAUGAUGAAU